AACUUUUUUUUUUUUUUUCUAUAAACAUAUUCAAGAAUUGCAAAACCCCAUCACACCAAACAUCAUUCUUUUCACCAAUUUUAUAACUUUUUUUUUCUUCUAUAAACAUAUUCAAGAACUGCAAAACCCCAUCACACCAAACAUCAUUCUUUUCACUAAUUUUAUAACUUUUUUUUUUCUAUACAUAUAUAUAUUGAAGUGGGGUUGUGUGGGUUGUUAUGAAAUGAUAAAAAUGGCAGCUGUAUCAGUUGGAAAUGGAAAUGAAGUAUGGAGAGCUCAUGGAACAAUGGCAAUUAUACAGCUUUUGUAUGGUGGAUAUCAUGUUAUUACCAAAGUGGCACUCAAUGUGGGAAUGAAUCAAAUUGUUUUCUGUUUGUAUAGAGAUCUUCUUGCUCUGUCUAUUCUUGCUCCAGUUGCUUAUGUUCGCGAAAAGAGGUCGAGGAUUCCCUUGAAUAAACGGCUUCUACUAUCAUUCUUCAUUCUAGGAUUAACUGGUAUUUUUGGAAACCAACUUUUGUUUCUUAUUGGUCUUGGUUAUACAAAUCCAACUUAUGCUGCAGCCGUGCAACCUGCAAUACCAGUCUUUACAUUCAUAUUUGCAGUAUUGAUGGGUACAGAAACAGUGAAGCUUUUUACUGUGGAAGGUCAAGCAAAGGUUGGAGGUACAAUUGUUUGUGUUUCUGGGGCAAUUUUAAUGGCUGUUUUCCGUGGACCUGUGGUGUUUGGAGACAGAGGCUCAGAAUUCAUAGCACAUAGUGAUAUAAGUGCUAGGGGUCAACCAGAGCCUACUGGAUGGUUAAUGUCAAGUUUUCUGGAGUUAGGUUUCGAUGAUUGGCACCUUGGUGUUUUAUGCUUAAUAGGAAACUGUAUGUGCAUGGCAGCAUACUUAGCCAUUCAGGCUCCAGUUUUGGCAAAAUACCCUGCAAGUAUAUCAGUGACAGCGUAUUCGUACCUUUUUGGUUGUCUUUUGAUGGUAGCAACGGCCUUCUUUAUGACCAAUGAGUCAACAGACUGGAGCUUGACACAAUCUGAACUUUUUGCUGUGUGCUAUGCUGGAAUUGUUGCAUCUGCCCUGAACUAUGGAAUGUUGACAUGGUGCAAUAAGAUUCUUGGCCCUUCUAUGGUUGCGCUAUACAAUCCACUUCAACCUGCUGCAUCAGCAUUUCUAUCAAGAGUUUUCCUUGGGAGCCCUAUUUAUCUAGGAAGCAUAUUGGGAGGACUUCUCAUUAUAGCAGGGCUUUAUUUGGUAACUUGGGCAUCUUACAGACAGAGGCAAGCAGCCAUUGGAAUUGAUCCUCAUGCUUCUCGGUCGUCGGAUCCUCCAAUAACAUAUCAGCUAGGACACCUUUUUUCAGUUCCUCCUUCCUCAAUACCAAAGAUUAUUGAUUAGUUAGUGCUGUGGAUAUUCAUAUUAAAGUUCCUUCACUUGAUCACCUUCAUGAUUUGUAUGUACAAUUUAUCAAACUUUUUUCCUGCACUAGUCAGAAAGCAUACAGAAACUCUUUAAUCUUA